ACGUCGCUGCCAGCGUGGAGAAGUCAGCCGUUCCAGGAAGUGGAGAAGCCGGAGCUCGGGUGAGCAGAGUUCGAGUUCUUGGCUGCUUUUUGUUGCGCUCCUCCUCGUGUCCACGCCUCCGGUUGUCGUCUGGAGAAGAAGCCGAGCCCAAAGCCCCUCGGUUAAGUCCAAGAAGCGGCCGUCAAGGUCUCCGGCACUUUCAGCCUGCACGUAUGCGGCCUGCCGACUCCAUGGAGAAGCCCUUUCACCAGAUGAUGGUGGACCCCACGUUGGCAGAAAUGGGCAAGAAUCUGAAUGAAGCCAUGAAGAUUCUAGAAGACGGCCAAAGGGAAGCAGAAGAAGACAAAGCAAAACGGAAAUAUGGAAGGAAAGACAUCCCAGGUCCCCUCCAGGGAAGCGGCCAAGAUGUGGCCAACAUCCUUCAACUGGUACAAAAUCUAAUGUAUGGCGAGGAAGAGGAGGACUCUCAGUCUCACCGCAGGGUGCAGAACGUUGGGGAGCAGGGUCACUUGGCUCUGUUGGGCCACAGCCUGGCAGCCUACAUCUCUGUGCUUGACAAGGAGCGGCUGAGGAAGAUGACCACGAGGAUCCUGUCGGACACCACACUGUGGCUCUGCCGUCUCUUCAGGUAUGAGAAUGGCUCGGCGUAUUAUCACGAAGAUGACCGGGAUGGUCUCCUCAAAGUGUGUCGUCUGGUCAUCCACUCGCGUUACGAAGAUUUCACCAUCGAGGGCUUCAACGUGCUGAACCAUCGACGGCCCGUCAUCUACCAGAGCACAGCCUGCCGCUUAGGCCUGGGCCAACACCUGUGUAACCAGCUCGGCUUGCCGCUCUCCUGCCUGUGCACCGUCCCUUGCAACACCAUGUUUGGCUCUCAGCACCAGAUGGAUGUGGCUCUGCUGGACCGACUUAUUAAAGAAGACGUGGACUCUGGGAAGCUGCCACUGCUUCUUGUGGCCAAUGCAGGCACCCCUGGCGCAGGACACACAGACAAGCUGGGCCGCCUGAAGGAGCUGUGCUCCCAGUACAACAUGUGGCUACACGUCGAGGGGGUCAACCUGGCGAUGCUGGCCUUGGGCUACGUCUCUUCCUCAGUCAUGGCUGCCACCAAAUGUGAUAGCAUGACCCUGACCCUUGGACCCUGGCUGGGGCUGCCUGCUGUACCUGCGGUCACCCUCUACCGUCACGAGGACCCUGCCUUGUCUUUGGCAGCAGGCCUAACGUCCAGCCAGCCAGUCGAGAAGCUGCGCGCCCUGCCGCUCUGGCUGUCCCUGCAGUACCUGGGUCAUGAUGGGAUUGUCGACCAGAUCAGACACGCCUCCCAGCUGAGCCAAAGACUGCUGGAUCAGCUGAAGAACGUGACGUCUGUGAAGACCUCGGUAGAAGAUGUCCUCAGCUCCCCUGUGGUCGUUUUUAGGUUCACACCAGAAGUUGUCGGAGCAGGGCCGAGUGAGGCAGCGCUGGAGGUGUUCGCCAGCAGUGAACGGGAGCUGCAGGACACGCUGAACCGCUGGCUUGGAGAGCAGUUGGCCCGACUUGUACCUGCCAGCGGGGUGGAUGUCGUCGAGCUGGAGGACGAAGGCAGCUGUGUGCGGUUUAGCCCGCUCAUGACGUCGGCAGUUUUAGGGACAAAGGUAGAAGAUGUGGACAUGCUGGUUGAGCGUCUUCGAGAGACCAUCCCUGUGUUGUACAGCACCCUGCGGAUGCGGGAGGAGUUUAAACGGGAGGUGUACCAGACAUCCACUCUGACGUACAUCGAGGAUCUGAACUGGCCAGGACUGGGCGCUAUAAGAUACGAGCUCUGCAGUGACGAAGCCGACCUGAGCAAAAGGCAGCUGGAGGUGGAGAAGACCAACGGUGCGCUGCUGAAGAAGCUGAAGGAGCUCGACUCGGACCUGCUCUUCUCCACGGGUCCAGAAUUUGGCCCAGAGAAGAACUGCAUCUAUGUAGGCAUGGCGACGGAGGACCUGGACGUGGCUGAACUGGUGGAAACGAUCUCCACCACCGGCAGGGAGAUCGAGGAGAACUCAAAGCUCCUGGAGAACAUGACCGAAGUGGUGAGGAAGGGAAUUCUGGAGGCGGAGCUGCAGCUGCAGAAAGCCAAUGAGGAGAAACUUUUGGAGGAGGGAGUACUACGUCAGAUUCCAGUGGUGGGCUCCGUCCUCAACUGGUUUUCUCCUGUGCAGAGCUCCAUCAAAGGAAGGACCUUUAACCUGGCCGCAGGAUCCUUGGACUCCACCGAGCAGACCUACACCAUGAAGGCUCAAAGUGCCCGGGGGACGCCACCGCCCACCCCCACCUCGUCUCGCACCAAACGCCGGAUGCCAGGUGAGAAACUGUUCCGUCGCUCGAGACCCAGCGGUGACGCCGUUAGCGAGACGAGCUCAAUAGGACAUCCAGAGGAGCUCGACAAGGAAGUGGACCUUCAGGAUGGCACCCUCGCAAGGGAAGAUGUCCCCGAACAGCAGGAGAUGCAGCUGGAGUCUCCCCAGAGGGAGGACCCGAGUGACGAGAGGACGCCGAGCGAAGGAAGCGAGCAGACGCAAGUAGAAGGGAAAACGGAGAGUGUGGACAGCUUGAGAUAGACCUCGGCCGUGCUCGGGGAGCACAUGCUGAAGGAAGUGGAGGGGACGGACUUACCCCGAUUGGUGGAGGGAGGGAGGGUGGGUAGCUAGGGGGGGGGGGUUUCAUGACGUGAUAUCCUUUUCAGCUCAACGCGCCCCCAUUACGUGUGCGCCAGUCUGUAGCAACCCAGAAUCAAAGAGGAAGACAAAUAUUAAAAAUCCGCACAGCAGUGAAUUAGGUCUGGUCAGGGCUGUGGCCCCUCUGUUGUCUUUUCAUGUCACCUUUAGCCAUUGCCACUCUGUGUACCCACCCACCCACCAGGUGGCACUCAUUUGUAAAACACUAAUUCACACCAUCCCGAAUACGCCAGUGCUUGGUGCCACCUGCCACGCCUCCGUUCACACUACACCCCUGGACAUUUCUCAUUGGACUCGGAGCAGCAGUUCGUUUUUGCUACAUAAAAUGCCAGGUUGCACCACGUGACUUUCAGCCGCCAACUGGCAGUUUUGGAGUACAAUACUAAAAGACACUUUCUUUUUUCCAAUUUAAAGUGUUCUGCCCAUUGGCGGUCUGUGCAGCCCAUCAGCUUUGAUCUGUAACUCUGACCUUUUGCAUGCCGAGGAUGCUGGUCGGUGUGCUCCUCUCACGUAGCCCCCCAAUUACAAUAAAGAUGGCAGGCUGACAGCCAGACUUUUAAUGUUUGGUGUGUUCGAUGCCAGCAGUGGCCUCGCCCAUUUCACACUCUGACUUUGCUCUGCUUGGAUGCCCGGUCGUGGCACUAACUUUUCUUGCUGACGGUGCCCAUGAAUGCUGCCUUGGCAUUGGUGCCAGCCGACACCCCUUGAAAUUUUAAAACAUGUCACUUUCAGUCAAGGCCACAAGCCGAAGGCACGUGUUCUUCAUCAUGGCCCGGUUAUGAAGGGCAGACCGUAUUGUCAGGGGUAAAUGUCCACAUGUGAAGUGACCACUGAAGCACAGCCAUGUGACGAGCAGAGCAGCCCAAGCCCACCGGGGGUCACGUUACUCCUUCCAUACUCUUUACCAGAAGCAAAGGUGCUGUUAGGAGGAUGUGGGGCAUCAUUCAUUAAGCCAUCAAUGGUGGGGGUGGGAAGAUAGGACCCUGGGGUCUUAGGGGGGGCCGUGUUGUCACCUCAACAUGUAGUGUCUGUCUGGCCGCUGCCUCACAAGCCAAACAAAAACCCCAAAACACACUCAAGUCUGAGCUUAAAAUACAAAGGGAGCAAACCUGAAGUUGUGAAAUGACCCCCUCUGACCCACCAGAGUGCCACAAGUCACCAUUCACCUGAUGGCCUAUGGGGCAUCACAUGUUGUCUGAAUUUGGGUCACGCCAGGUCAAGAUUCACAAUGGCACCUGACUGGAAAGGCCCACGUUGUGGUGUGCGGAGGGUCUCACGAUGGAUCGCUGCCGCCAGUUAAAGCAAAUGUCCCAAAAAUCCCCAGGGGUUGAAGGUCAGCGGCAAUUCAGGGUCUCCAAAAUACAAAUCCGGCAAAAGUGGCUCGUGAGGCAAACAAGAAGCGCUGCAACCAGGUGGGUCGAAAUUAUAAGCACUUUGUUCAGUGAAACCUUGGGGGUGAACUGGACUUUGUGCCUGCUUGAUGGGUUGGCAGCCAGGACCCCGUGCUGUUUCGUCAUGUGGUGGGUGAGGCGACGCGAUGUGAUGUACAGGUGUGCUGUACCUGAAACCUGGAAGAUUAGGAGGAUAAAAGUGGCAUUUCAGUGGCAUUCACCAAAAUGCACUCUGACCACCUGCAGGCCCGACGCUACACAACCAGACAUCACAUCACAUGCUAGAAGUGCUGCUGGGACAAGACAUGUGUGCAAGCAUCCAUUAGACAUAACUGGUCUGAUUUAGGCCCUCAUGAUCGCGGGCACCAUGGUGGUACAUCGCUACAAGGAGCCUGAGGUUCAUGGCCUUUGCUUGUCCCCCCACAGUCCAGAGCCGUGCCAGGCAGGUGGGUUGGCGGCACUAAAUUGACGGCUGGCAUGCACGUGUCUGCGUCUUCACCCUCUGAUGUUCCCACCUUGUGCCCGAUCCUUGUUGGCAUCGGCUCCAGCUCCCCUGCAAUCCUGCUCUGGGUAGGCAGAUUUGAGAAAUGGAGGGAAUGAAUGGAAUCACAGAUCAAUUGAAUGGCGUCAUGACUGAAAUAUGAAAGAAAGGUCCCCUUCUCUUCUGGGGUGUGCCCGUCCUUCUGCCCUGCCAGCUUACUCCUGGGAUUUUUAAAGCAGUAACAUAACUAAAUACUAAAUGUUAUUCAGGUGGGUGGCCAAAAGUGGGGUUGCACAAAAAUAAAACAAAAUCCACAAGCCGUCCUUUUACAAACGCUCUCCAAAAGACAAAAACAAAAAGGGAGGUUCCCCCCCCAAACCCCCGGCCAGGCUGCACGCCCCAGCAUCCACGUCACUGACUCCAAAACGGGACAUCAUGUGACAAAAGUAACCCCACCUUGCCUUGCCGUCCCAGACCUGUACGUGUGGUUACUUCAAAAUCGCCGGUAGGCCACUCGAGGGGUUCCUCAAUAUGGCUGUCACGGUUGGCGGUUGCACAGCCACACCACAACCUAAAAGGUGAGCCCCGUUUCCCACUCCAUAUUCAAAUUUUGUACAAUUCCGUCCUCCUCCUCCUGUUGCGGCCUUUUCUGUCCGACUGUCCCUGGCGCUUAAAAGAUGUGAAGGCCACCGGCAGAUUGGCGUCUUCCAGCCUUGCGCCCCGUCUCCCCCACCCACCCCAUAUGUAGAUGCCACUCACAGCUGCGGGUCCCAAAAACCCUGAAGCACCUCGGCCUUGGGGAGAAAAGCCGUCAGCUGCCCCCUCAGUCCGUCUCGAGGUGGGUUUUUCUUUUCUUUUUUUUUUUUUGCCUUAAAUGACAUUUUUGAAAAGGCCGGACCCUCGUGCGGAAAACCAUCUGGCAAGUGCAAUUUUUGUAUUAAGUACUAAACCGUUCUUACCGUGAUCUCGUCUUCCUUAUUUUUAUUUUGCCUUUUACGUAUUCUUGGUGCAAUGAAGUAAAUUAAUUUAGAACAACUGGACGGGGAGAACAUUAAUUAACUGUGACUGCUUUAAUAUUAUAUACUGUAGGGCUAAAACGGGGGUUUAUUGUUUAUAACUUAAUGACAUCUUUUAUUUUUUGCUGUUUUUUUUUAAACAUAAAGAUAAUCUUGUAUUUGUUCACACGUUUAAUCCUCCAUGUUAACUGUUCUCAGAAUGGUGUGUCUGAUCAGCUCUUCAUUUCUUUUUGUCUGAAAGUCGCAACAAACUGACGUCCUGAAGAAUUCUCUUUAAAUGGUGUGUCCUGAUUGGUUACUUUAUUAAAUUUUAACUUUCAA